CUCGUAAAAUCAGUGACGUCAGACUCAAUUUUUCGCUUGCUUUUGCCUUGACUUAGCUUAAAACUUGAAGAGUAUAUAAAUAAGUGCGCUAUUUUUAACUACAACUUGUCUUAUUUAAUUUAGCGUAGAUUUAUUACGCACUUUUCUAAGCUUGACUGUCGAAUGAAACGCUAACUUCGAAACCAUCCGAAUGCCGCCAUAAACUCGUGAGUUUAAACAUGGCGGUCCACAAGAGCGUGUCAUGCGGAGCAGACCUGCAUUUCGCGACCGAUUUAUCCGAAGCGAUCAUUUCGGCCGGCAAUGCAGGAUACAAGUUUAUUGCCGUCGACAUAAGCCACCCGAGAUACCGGCAAGAACUGCUGGAUCCAAAUCCAAAGAGCAAGCCGACGCCCUUCGCGCGAUCCGACCUCGUGUUGCCGUCCCAAGACUGGAGCUCCCUGGUGGUCCUAAAGGUUUCUCAGUGGAUAGACGUUGAUUCGCCCAACGAGACCACUCGGAAGAUGUCAGAAAAGGUGUUGGAGAGAGAGCUGUGCUACGCCGCGCACGUCGGCGUGCCGGCUAUCAUCAUCAACCUGAAGGGACCCCGCUGCAUCAACAUGGCCAGGUUACUUCACAACUACCUCCUAGUCUCCACGUCUUACCAGUUGAUGUUCCAUGCGUGGAUAGCGUUGCCGAUGGAAUGGCCAGGCAUUCAAAGUGCCCGCUACGUUUGCCGGGCCUCGGGAGAUGCAGACGAGGAGGAUGAGCAAGCAGCCACGGAGGAGCCGACGGGAGACGAGGAGCCCUGGGAAUGGUGGAACACCUUCCGGAGCAUCUGCGGCACGGACAAGCGCCUCGGGGUGGCUCUGCGGCUGUCGGCGGACCUCCCGAACGAGCAGCGGUUGCGGCGCUGGCUGGGGGAGCCCGUGCGCUGCCUCCUGGUGCCCACUUCCCUCUUCAUGACCAACAAGAAGGGCUACCCCGUGCUGCCCAAGCCACACCAGGUGGUCAUCAUGCGCUUCCUCAAGCUGGAGUGCCAAGUCCUUGUUGAAGGGAGCUGUCACCAUGAACACAUGAAACUGUACUACCAGUACAUUGACCACCUUUACAAUACUCAACCGCCGGACGAUCCAUUGGCCGAGUUUGCAAAAGGCUUCGAGGACCACCUCCAGACGCCACUCCAGCCGCUGAUGGACAACUUGGAAUCGGUUACGUACGAGGUCUUUGAAAAGGAUCCCGUGAAGUACACUGAAUACCAAAGGGCGAUGUACUUGGCGCUAAUGGACAAGGGUGAGGUAGUUGGCAAGUCUACAGGAAUCACGUUGAUGGUGGUCGGCGCGGGUCGCGGGCCACUGGUACGAGCUGCCCUGAGCGCCGCGGAGUUGGCGCACCAGAAGGUCAAAGUCUACGCCAUCGAAAAGAACCCCAACGCCGUGCUCACGCUGCUGUCCCAGAAGGAGGAGGUGUGGCAGGACCGGGUGACGGUGGUCUCGUGCGACAUGCGGGAAUUCGAGGCGCCCGAGAAGGCGGACAUCUUGGUCUCAGAGCUGCUGGGGUCGUUUGGGGACAACGAGCUGUCUCCAGAGUGCCUGGACGGCGCUCAGAGGUUCCUCAAAGAGGACGGCAUCAGCAUCCCCUGUUCGUACCAGUCCUACCUGGGACCCGUCCAGUCACACAAGUUGUACAGCGAGGUGACGGUGCUACGCGAGAAGGACAAACACCCUCUGACCUCGUUUGAGACGCCUCACAUUGUGCGCCUCCACAACGUUGCCAUGCCUGCCAGUCCUCAGCCCCUCUUCUCGUUUGUCCACCCCAACAGAGACAAAAAGAUUGACAACAGCCGGUACAAGAGCCUGAAGUUUGAAAUCGAGGACCACUACAUCUUGCACGGGUUUGCCGGUUACUUUGACUGUGUCCUGUACAAAGACGUCACCCUGAGCAUAUAUCCCAACUCACAUUCACCGGGCAUGUUCAGCUGGUUUCCCAUCUAUUUCCCCAUCAAGGACCCUGUGAGUCUCCCCAAAGGAUCGACGCUCGAAGUCCACUUCUGGCGGUGCGUGACGCCGCGCAAGGUGUGGUACGAGUGGCUCGUGACGCAGCCGCAACUGGGCACUGUGCACAACCCGUGCGGACGUUCCUACACCAUGGGCCUCUGACGACCGCAGCCGACCAGCGUCAGUUCCAAGGACAGACUAAUGCAAAGUGUGAGUCGGUCGCGGCGCAGAACAUUCUUUGGCGACCAAGUUGGUGCGAAGUCUGCGCCGUCGACGCUAGUAAAUGUGAUGCUUUUCCAACGUG